AUGAUACGAAGCAAUUUGGGAGAUGCUACGUUUGGAGCAUUUUUGUUAUGGCUUGUUGUUGUGGUGAUGCUACCAGCACACUGCUUCGGACAAUCGACCUUGCCUGAAUUCCUAGAACCAGUAUCGCAGAAAGGACGAGAUGAAUACUAUAACCUUUUCGACCAACAAAUGCAGCUAACGAAGAAUCAGUUUAAUAAGUUAUGCAAAGAAUGGGCCCGGAAACAAGGUCCCCAAGUUGAGGAAUUGUUCGAGAAACAUCUUGAAAAGGAGGCAGCUUUUCAGCAGAAACGUUACAAUGUGUUAACUUCGAGACUGGAAGAAGCUGACGGAAGUGACGAAGCGAAAAAGGUCCUGUUAAAUUUGCUGAAAUUGCAACAAAAUAUGGAUAUCCCGCUGGAGCAGUACGAGAGGGAAACGCGCGAAAUAAUGGAGAAGCAACCACGGGAGGUACAGAAUGAAGCAAGUCAGGUCUGGAACUCAAUCCAUCCCGACAAGAUUGAAUAG